AUGACGGACAUCGGCGUCCCUCAUCGCUCGAGCUCGACCCUGACCAGGGUCGAGCGUCUCGGCGCGCACUCGCACGUGCGAGGUUUAGGCCUGGACGACGGCUUGGAGGCGAGACGAUCGUCCCAAGGAUUGGUCGGUCAACUUCGAGCGAGAAAAGCGGCGGGGGUGAUCGCGAACAUGAUCAAAGACGGCACGAUCGCGGGUCGAGGGGUCCUGAUCGCGGGCGCGCCGGGAACGGGGAAGACGGCGAUCGCGAGAGGGAUGGCGAAGACGCUGGGGGACGAGACGCCGUUCGCGAGCAUGGCGGCGAGCGAAAUUUACUCCAUGGAAAUGUCAAAGACGGAAGCGUUGACGCAGGCGUUUCGCCAGGCGAUCGGGGUGAGAAUUAAGGAGGAGACGGAAAUAAUCGAGGGUGAGGUGGUGGAGAUCGAGAUCGAUCGCCCGGUCGGGGCCAUGGCGAAGGCGCACGCGAAGACGGGAAAGCUGACGAUGAAGACGACCGACAUGGAGACGGUGUACGAUCUCGGAACGAAGAUGAUCGAGGCUAUCAGUAAGGCCAAGGUGAACGCCGGGGACGUUAUCAGCAUCGAUAAAGCGAGCGGACGCGUCACCAAGCUUGGGCGCUCGUUCUCCAAGUCGCGAGACUACGACGCCAUGGGCGCGUCGACCAAGUUUGUCGCGUGUCCCGAGGGCGAACUUCAGAAGCGUCAGGAGGUGGUGCACACGGUUUCGUUGCACGAAAUCGAUGUUAUCAACUCCCGCGCGCAGGGUUACCUCGCUCUGUUCGCCGGGGACACCGGGGAGAUCCGCGCGGAGGUUCGCGAACAAAUCGACAACAGGGUGUCCGAGUGGAAAGAAGAGGGCAAGGCUGAGAUCAUUCCGGGCGUUCUCUUCAUCGACGAGGUACACAUGCUGGACAUUGAGUGCUUUUCCUUUCUCAACCGCGCGCUUGAGAACGAAUUGGCGCCGAUUUUAGUCGUCGCCACCAACCGUGGCAUCACAAAGAUUCGAGGCACUGACUAUCGCUCGCCGCACGGCAUCCCCGUCGAUCUUCUCGAGCGGCUGUUGAUCAUCCACACCCAGCCGUACGAUGAACGUGAAUCCAAAGCGAUCUUAGAGAUUCGAUGCGAGGAGGAGGACGUGGAUAUGAGCGACGACGCCAAGGACUUGUUGUGCAAAAUUGCGUGCGAGACGAGUCUGCGAUACGCGAUCCAACUCAUCUCCGCCGCUUCUCUUCGCGCGAGUAAGAGGAAAUCCGCCAAAGUGGACAUAGAUGAUGUCUCCAAGGUGUACGGGAUGUUCUUGGACGUCAAGCGAUCGACGCAGUUCAUGAUUGAUAACCAAGCCGAGUUCGUCUUCAACGAGGCCGCCAUGGUGAAUUGA